GAUCACGCUCAGAGAUUCCCUGGCUAGCCACGAAUGGCAACCCUGACAAGGAUCACCUCGCUCGCCGCCUGCUUACCGCGGUUCCGCCCUCCCAGGAUCGCCCUGCGUCGGCCACCAAACCACCCAUCUCGCGAAAAUUGUGCGUCGGCAAGCCCAGGGCAGGCACCGCGCUCCGUCGUUGCACGGGUUCCGCCCCGCAGUCUGCGGCCCCCGCUCGCCAAAUUCACCGAUCCGGCAGCCUGACCAGCGGCGAAUGCGGGAUGCGAUAUCUGGACGUGCGGCCGCGACCUGUAAGCGCAUUCGUCGAUAGUGCUCGCCAGUCGCGACCAAGCCACCCAGGCUAUCUCCUCUCUCCUAGAGUUCAUAAACCUCCGACCUCAUCGGAGGUAUGCAAUUUCUAUUGAUUAGCCUCGUGAGUCU